AUGACUAUUAUAGACUCAACAAAGAGAGACAAGAAUCUCAACACAAAAAUAAGAGCCAAAACUCUUAGGCCAAAGAAACGCAAAAGACUAGAAAAUGAUCAAACAAUAUUUAUUAGCAAGAAAAUGAUAAAAAUACAACAAACAAAUAGUGAAACUCUUGUUGCAAAAAAAAAAAAUUUACUUCUAUCCCUAUUAAAAUCCAAUACUUCAGAAAUUACCUUACAAGACAGAACAACCCUAGGACAACCAAAUUUAGAACAUACUAGCAGACUCUCUAAAAAUUGGGCAGACGAAUUCGAAGAAGUAUCUAGAACACAACAUAGAGUACAAUUGAACUCCACUAUGGUAAACAACAAAGAGCCGGAAAAUUCUUUGGCCAACUCAUAUAAGACAAAAGCAGAUGGGGGAGAUAAACUCAUGGCUGAAAAUGCAGAGAAUCAGGUCAUCGAUACCUCAGAUCAAGUACAACCUCAAUUAGUAUCUAAACAGACUGCCUUUACAGACAUCUCACAUAUGGAAACAUAUGAUACUGAUACAAAUAUAGAAACUGAUUAUACAAACCCCAACCCAAGCUCUUCGUAUGGUCAGCAGAGAAAAAUAACCGGUACAGAAACAAAGAUUCUUCAUCUAGAAAUUUGGACCAAAAAAAUCAAAAUAA